UGGACCGUCUUUUGGCAGCACUUAUUUGCUCCCGAAUGAGGCGCUUUCAUGCGUGUGUCAUGCUGCAAAGUGAAAUUGACAGAGAAGCGGAUAUUUCAAGGGACAUCGAGGAACAGCUACUAGGAAACUCCUUUACCCUAGCUGCCAUUGUAGCUCAAAGUGUACCCUCUGUGCGCCGCUUGGUGUGGACAUUCCAAAGAAAUGAACGCUGGUUCGAGGACACGCUGCCUAACCUGACGGAUUUUCACUUCAAGCAGGCAUUUCGCGUGACUCCGAGUACAUUCAGGUACCUUGUUGAGUCACUGGCUGGUGUUUUGAACCGCCUGAGCACACAAAUGCGCACGGCCAUCUCUGUGGAGAAAAGAGUCGCUAUUGGACUUUAUCGAUUGUGUUCGUCCGCUGAAGACAGAACGAUAGCCCAUUUAUUUGCUGUCGGUCGUUCUACUGUGAAUGUGCUGUGGAGACAGUUCUGCACAGCUGUUAUUGAUCAGUUGGAAGGCCAGUGGCUCUGCAUGGUGCGCCGCAACGACAUGCCCGACCACGUCAGAGAAUUUUUUGCCGUGACGGGCUUCCCCCAAGCUGUAGGAGCCCUCAAUGGAUGCCAUUUCCCUGUGUCGCCACCGAAGGAGCACGCAACCGACUACUACAACUACAAAGGGUGGUACAGCAUUAUACUGCUGGCGUUAGUGGACCACAGGUAUCGGUUCAGGUAUAUCCGGGUUGGAAGCCCGGGGAGGUGCCAUGACGCAAGUGUGUAUGCAGACUCGGAACUCAAAAACCUUGUUGAGAGUGCUCACUUCAAGACUCCUCACGCAAUCAUUGAGGGCACUAGUGUUGCACCCGUCAUAUUGUGCGAUCAGGCAUUUCCUUUGACGCAGAACCUGAUGAAGCCUUAUGCAAAUCCUCAAGAUGGAACACCACAACAAGUAUUUAACUACAAUCUCUCAAGAACAAGAAGAAUAGUAGAGAAUGCGUUUGGAAGAAUGAAAGCUCGUUUCCGGUUUGUUGCAAAAAGAACAGAAUGCCGCCUGCCUAACUCAAGAAAAGCAAUCAGGGCUUGUUGCAUUUUGCACAAUAUCUGCGAGGAGUUUCGGGACAAUGUCGAGCAGCCAUGGGAGCAGGAAGCACAACAACUGGCCGCUCUCUAUGUACAGCCUUUUCACAACACACAAGCUCACACAGAAGUGGGUGAAGAAACAAGGACUGCAUUCGCAAAAUACUUUUCAAAGCGAGCUCCUCAUUCCUUGGGAGCUAGUUCAGAUGUUUGAAAUGUAAACAUGCAUUUAGAUGUUUGCCAUAGCUAGUGUUGUUGUGCACAAU